CAAAACAGUCAAAUCCAUGUAUAGCAUAAUUUAUACAGAAACCAUAAGAUUAAAAUGUUACAUUUUUAAAGAUAUUUCAUGAAAAAAGUUCUACUUCUACUAAGUUACAAGUGUUUGAAGUGAUCAGACUUACAGAAACCAGUCAUCAGUGUUGUAUGUUGUGUGUGGAGAUCCAGGCUUUGAUGCUGAAUAUAACCUGCAGUGUUUCUCUCUCAAUCUCUUUAAGUUUAGUGUGACUUUAUCUCCACGCUGACAUAUGACUGACACGAGUCUGUCCUCAGUGAAGUGUCUCUUCACGCUGGAGGAGGAGUCCCGCUCAUCAGCGCUCACACUUUAUUGAUAUAUAUGGAGAAAAUAAAAAUGCUGCUUUCUGAUUUGUCACUGAUUGUGUUUGAUGAUUUCCUCUGUUGUGUCUAAUAAGGUAACAGUGAGUGUCAUUGGCAGCUGUGAGAGUCUCUCUCUCUUUAGGGGACUGACAGGAGCCAGUUUCUUCAGUGUGUUUGAGGGAGCAGAAGGAGAAACAGAGUCAAACAAACAGUGUGACGAGCAGAAGAAGAUGGAGGGAUGUCUGACACUCGUUUUACUCUCCUCUAUAGUCACUCUAACAACAUCUGAAUUCAAGACUGUGAGGUUGGUUGGUGGUCACAGUCACUGUGCUGGUAGAGUGGAGGUUCUUCAUAGAGAUCAGUGGGGAACAGUGUGUGAUGAUGAUUGGGAUAUGAAUGAUGCUGCAGUGGUGUGUAGAGAGAUAGGAUGUGGAGAGGCUAUAGAGGCUCUGAAUAGAGCUCAAUUUGGACGAGGAUCAGGACCAAUCUGGAUGGAUGUUGUGGCCUGUAGUGGAUCAGAGUCUACACUGAAGAACUGUAGAUCAUUAGGAUGGGGUGUUACUAACUGUGAUCAUAGUGAAGAUGCUGGAGUCAGAUGCUCAGGUCGCAUCCCUAGUCUCGUUAAUGGACCUCACCUGUGUGCUGGGAGAUUAAAGAUACUUCAGAUGAACACAUGGUACACAAUGUGCGCUGCUGCCUUUGACCAGCAGGAUGCAGAGGUUGUGUGUCGAGAGCUGGACUGUGGGGCUCCUGUACAGGUGCUGGGAGAAGAUGCUUUUGGAAAAGGAGACGCUCAGAUGUGGACACAAGAGAUUCAGUGUAGAGGAAAUGAAUCAUACUUUGAAUUGUGUCCUGUGUCCACAUCUUCACAUAUAAACUGUUCCUAUGAUGAUGCUGUAGGAGUAAUAUGCUCUGGUUAAGUAAUAUUUGACCUCUCUUUACAUAUUGCACACAUAAAGAGAUUCAGUAUCCUUAAACUGUUUUUUUUUUUUCAAUAACCUUUGCACAGGUUACA